ACUCCUGCUCUCCAAUGCACCUGCUGAGGCGAAAAGGGAGCGGAGAGUUUUGAUGCUUCGGGAGAGUGGUCUGUCUGUCUGGAGCGCCGCAGAAGUUAUUUUUUCAACCGAGUUUUAAAGGAAAAGUAUUGGAAUAGACAGAAAGGAAUGGAUUUGUCGAUAUCCCAUCUCUGCUCUGUAUUAAUUAUUCUCAUUGCAGGUGUAGCCCAUGGCCUGGAGAUCACGUCCCAGGGGCCCACGUCCAUAGAGAAGGCCAGCAGUGAGAGCGUCAAGCUGGACUGCCAGUUCUCUCUGGCACCCGAGGACUCUGGCCCCCUGGACAUCGAAUGGAGCCUGCUGGCUUCCGACAACCAGAAAGAGGAUAAAGUGGUGAUCCUGUACUCUGGGGACAGGGCCUAUGAGGACUACUACCCUGCAGUGAAGGGGCGAGCCCACUUCAACUCAGCCGACCCUAAGAAUGGUGACGCCUCCAUCAACUUGACGGGUCUGAGGUCUAGCGACACUGGGACCUAUCAGUGCAAGGUGAAGAAGGCCCCGGGCAUCCGCAGCAGGAAGAUGCUGUUGACCGUCAUGGUGAGGCCGUCCAAGCCCAGAUGCUCUGCCGACGGCCCCACCCUGGAGGGUACGGAUGUGGUUCUGAGGUGUACGUCCAGUGAGGGGACCAAACCCCUGCAGUACACCUGGGAGAAGACCAGCGACAACAAACUGCUGCCUGCCUCCGCCGUGCUCGACCCUGUGGGAGGCACCAUGAAUGUAAGGAACGCGUCCACCAGCUCCUCAGGAACCUACCGCUGCACAGCUAAGAACCACGUGGGCAUGGAGGAGUGUAUUCUACAGCUUGGCAUCACUCCUCCACCCAACACUGCUGGUAUCAUAGCUGGAGCCAUCAUCGCUGUUCUGCUGGCCCUCAUCAUCAUCGCCAUCAUCCUCUUCUGCUGCUGCCGCGCCCGGAACAGGAAGAAGUACGAGAAAGAGAUCUCCUACGAGAUCAGAGAGGACGUCCCCCCUCCGAAGAGCCGCGUGUCGACGGCCCGCUCCUUCACCAGCGUGGGCAGCCAGCGCUCCUCCCUGGGCUCCAUGUCCCCCUCCAACCUGCACGAGUAUGCCCUCAAGCCCCAGUACGACAAAAUCCCCUCUGUGGAGGAGUAUGAGAGGCCCCCCAGCCACGCACCCCUGCCCCCACCCGUCGCCAGCAAGAUGGCCGGCCCCAACCUCAGCCGCAUGGGCGCCAUCGCCGUCAUGAUCCCCGCCCAGAACAGGGACGGCUCCAUUGUGUAGUGGAAAGAAACAGAAAGACCGGGGGACACUAGCCAGAGAGGUGGGGUGGCUGGGCUGCCAGAUUCUACCCUCUACCACUCACCACCAACUGGGACCCCCACUCUGCUCUGCUUUAUGGAGGUCUGGGUGUGGUGUUGUACUGAGGAGAAAAGAGAAGCAGUAUUGUACCAUGUCAUAUCAGACCCACUAUGAACUAUUUACUGAAGACAAAAAACAGAUGCUUUUAUGAAUUUGACUUCCUGAACUUUCUCACACAUGACAAAUAUGAAUUCUAGGCUGGGUACAUUUUAAUGGUCAAUUCACACAGGUUGCUUUGUACAUAGUUGAAUGCAUGAUGUUUUUUUUAUCUAGCCCGGCCCUGUCCAUAGAGAGUUGUGUUCAGAGCAGACCAAGGUCUCUGAUUGGCCUGUGUUGUGUGUGUGUGUACCAUGUAGAGUAUUACAGCUUUACGUGUAUGUUUCUGGGGGUGGGAAAUGUACAGUUCUACUCUACUUUCUUUGGAUGAAAUACUCACGGAAUGAUCAGACAUGUUUGAUCAAUUCACUUCUGUAACACACAGCUUAUCUCAAAAAUAGGGGUUGCCAAAGGGAUUUUAGAGUUCUGCUUUUCAAAAUAAUUAUUUGUCAAAUAGUUACCUUUUUAAAGAUAUUCAUUCCACUGGUUGAACUGUGGCUGAUGUAAUGGCCAUGUUUGCCAGCCCUAAGAUAAAUUAGGUCAGCUGGUUGUUAUUUGGACAGUUGACUGUUUUGAAAUGUCCAGCUGGGCUGGAGGGGACGGAUGGACAGGGUUGGCUAAUGACACGGAAGGGGGAGUUCAAACCACCACAUCUUGUGAUUGGUGGAUUGUUUCUUUACUGGGUUUACAGCCCACCCCUCAAGUUCCUACAACAGGCAGUGUUUUGGAGAAUAGUGAGGUUCACUGAACAAUCAUAUUUGAUUGUGUUUGACUGCCACCAGCCCAGGCCCCCAAACCCUCUGACCCCGCCAGUACGCCCCUUCCCUAUCCCCUACACUGUAUGUUAUUAUUAACCAUCUCUGGUGUUUAACCAUCAAACCCCUGAAAAAAAUGGUAUAUUUGUAACUGCACACUCAGGAUUCAAUAUCUUGAUGAAACAACUUUCUCAAUGGUCAUUAUGAAGUCAAAAAUGUUUAGUGGUUCCUUCAUGCACCUCUAUUCAUGAAGGAUAAAUGAAGGAUGAAGUAUGUACAGUAUAGUAAUUUACAUGAUAUAUGGAAGGAAGUGAGUGUGGAGGAGAAGAAGAAAAUAUUAGAAUACUGAGUCAUGGGUGUUAUGUUUAGGCUGCACCAACAGCACAGUAACUCUGUUUUCCAGGGUGUCUAUAAUGCACCCAUGCUCUCUCACUCUCUCUCACACUCACAGCCCCCCAGUCAGUGCUUCUGCUCAGCCCAGAUGGAGUGUUUCUGUGAUUCACAUCAGUGUUCUUGUGCCUUGUCUCUACUGACUUGUAUCACAUACAUACUGUUACAGCCACAGGCCCCUAGGUAGGUGUGUGUGUGUGUGUGUGUGUGUGUGUGUGUGUGUGUGUGUGUGUGUGUGUGUGUGUGUGUGUGUGUGUGUGUGUGUGUGUGUGUGUGUGUGUGUGUGUGUGUGUACGUACCCAGGCUGUGUUCUAAUAUUCUACCGUUGAUAUGCGCCAUUCAUGUAUGUUUUGUUGCCAGCUGUCAUUGUAUGAUACAUGACACAAUAGUUUGCUACAGAACAUGUAGUACUAGACCCACAUCGGGCAUGACAACUAGUCCACUUUUCAUGGUUCUGGAUCCUGUGUAAAUCCACAUCAACUGAGUGGAGGUUGGUUGCUUUACUCCCCCAUCCGAAAUAGAUUAUUUUCAAUUACAUUAGCUCUAUAUUUAAACAUUAACAAUGUAAAAAAAAACAGUUGACUCAGUUGUUACUUCUUUCUUAGUUUUAAAUGCAUUAUUUGAGGAUUAUUUUUAUUUUUAUUAUGAAGGCUUUGGUUGUAUGUGUAAAUAUACUGUUAAAGUUACACUAUCUCUAGAACUAAUCCCACCACACUUAUUCUAAUGCUCUGUAUGUAUGAUGAUGCUCAGGCAAUGCUUUGCUUGGUUAGUGUGUAUCUAAAUCAUGAUCGAUGGGUCUUAUAAAUAACAGUGGAGGGUGAAAGCCCACUAAUGUUAAUUCAGGUGGGCACCACUGGCAUUCUACUGCAGCUAUGUUUCAAUAUCCACAUUAGCUUAUUAAUUAUGAUGAAGCAAUAGCAUGCAUUGUAAAUAGUAUACUAGUAUGGUUAAUGAAACACACAGACUCUGUGUGUAUGAAAUAGAAAGUAAUAGAUUUGAGGUGGAUGAAGUGGAGGUGACCGGUGAAGACCUCUCGGAGUUGUGGCCUUACGCCUCUCCUUGUUGUGGCAGGUGUAACCUCACACAUGGGGACAGCAGCCACAUCCGAGACAGGACGUGAAGUGAAACCCACCCCGUACAUUACCCCAAAGUGGAAAACCUGUCAGCUCUCUCCAAGCCCAGGGAACUGUGUGUUAGUGUGUAUGUCUUUACUGUCUGGAUGCGUCCCCAAUAUAGUAUUUUAGUAGACCCCCAACUGCUGCCAAACUAGAGAGCCAUUAGGGAGUUAGUCAUGUUGUACAGUCCCUCUCAACUCAGAAAAGGAAUAAGUACUACUAACAUGGUAUUAACUGUAGCUUUUAAAACUAGUGUACUAAUAUUGUAUGAAGAUUUUUAUUUGGUGGUUUGUUUGCACAUUGUGUGAUCAUACCUGUUUUUAUUUUUGUGCGUGUAUUUUUAAAUAAUAAAGGACACAAAAUGAAAGAAAUAA